AUGAAUUAUGAAGCUGAAAGAGCGAUGAAUCAGAAAAGGCUCAGAAUGGAGGGUGAGCCAGGCCACGGCGUUGUCCAAGGAAACGGGCUCCCGCUAAAUUACCUAGACAACGGCCACCAAAUACCAUACCAGCCAUACGCCGGUGCAUAUAAUACCCACUAUCCGCCACCGGAUGCAUUUGCAGCCUACGGGCCUCCGCCCCCAGGGGGAUAUGCUCCUCAAAAUUUAUCAUAUGCCCCACCAGCACAUCAGAACUAUGCACAUCAUCAAAGUUUUCCCCAGCAGCAAGCUCAACUUCACAUGGCACAGUCGCACAUGGUGCAAGGCUAUGCCCCGGAUGUGGGCAUCCACAAAUCUGCCUGGCCCCCACAGCCACACUUGUUACCUCCCCUUGAUGCCCAGAAACCCCUUGAUAUUAAACAAAUGAAACCAGAAAUUAAAUUAGAGCCAUCUGACUCUCAGAAAAGACCACAUCCUGAGGCAGAGAUGAUUCAACCAGGUGACUUAGAGCAACCAAAAAUAAAAAUAAAAACAGAUAUCUUUAAACCAGAUGAUAUGCGAGUUGACGACAAAUCAAGAGAAGCAUCCAUGAAGCCCCUGGAAGUCUCGAAACCAGACCAACUGGCUAAAGAUGAUGGCCUACCACGGGUAGAAUGUGAAAAGCCACCAGAAAUUGGUGUCAUAUCGGGAGAGGUGAGACCAAUUGAUCCUGGAACUCCUAUCAAGAAAUUGGAAGAAGAAAGAAAACCAUUCAGUAGUCCAGAUUUGUCCCGGGGAGGUUCUACUCCUGGAAAAAUUACACCUGGAUUAGAGCCGAAGAAACGCGGUCGUCCUAAAGGCUCGACGAACAAACCGAAGCCCCCCGGAACGCCCACUAAAGGAUCCCCCGGGGCUGCGACGGCGCUUCCUGCUGUUAGGCCUCCAGGGAUCCCCGGGGCGAGGUCGCCUGCGCCCGUGGGAAGGCCUAGGGCCGUGCCCUACCAGUACAAUGUCAGGCCGUUUAGGAAGGACUUCUCGGGGAUACAGUUCAGAAGGCGAUGGAGUGACGAUUGCCUGGAUUCCUCCCACAUACCGAACGAGGUGUACUUCGGCGACGUACCAGUGCCCCUGUCGGUCCUAUACAAUUACUAUGACGCGAAUGCCGAAAGGGAGAGGCUGGCCAGCCAAGCGGCCCACAUCGCCGCGCAGAAGGCAGCCGCUGCUAAGUUGGCUGCUGCCAAGUUACGAGGAGUCGUCAGUGGUGAGGUGACAACAGUGGAUUCAUCAUCUGAUGAUGAGUCGUCAGGGUCUUCAGGAAGUGGCUCUGAGGAAAGUGAUGAGGAUCAACCCCUAAAGCGCGGGCCUGGCCGACCGAAGGGGUCCCGGAAUUCAACGCCCAAGACCCCCGGUACCCCAGCCGUGCCUGGAACCCCAGGCUCAGGUCGCCGUGGGCGGCCCCCGGUGCCCCCAGAAUUAAGGCAGCCGGGCAUCACGGAUAUGAAGAAAUUCUGUAAGGCUGCGGGAAUUCGGUUCGACUAUAAGAAGUUGGUUGAGGGUUGCACAAAGAACAAGGAGCGAGUGGCGAAAAUGCAGGAUUUACUGGAAGCGGCCGGUCUGGAAGGAAAGCCCACUCUGGAGAAGUGUAGGGCGAUAAAACAAGCGAAAAUGGACAAAAAGGAACAAGAGAAGCAGGCCAAGAAGGAUGCGAAAGCCAAGAAGUCGGAAGAAGAUGGCACGGAGGCAGUGGCCCGAAGAAUGACCCGCGGAGCGACGGGUGUGAAGCCCCGUCAGCGCAUCGUCAUAUCGUCGGAUGAGGAAGACGGCACUCCUGCAGCGAGGAGGACGGUCUCCAAGCUGCGGUCCAGCGUCAAUGACGAGUCUGACUCGCAGUGA